AUGUACGACCCAAAACCUGAGGCUGUAGAAUCCAAAACCGUUGAAGACAAUAGAGUACCGAUGAAAAUCUCCGGAUUUCCCGAGUUUGCGGAGAUUUGCUGCUUCAUCAACCACUUCGGUGAAAAACUCGGUGUAAUGCUCACCUUUCCGCGAAUCGCUCGUCUUUUGUCGUGCGAAACCGAUGCCGAUCUGCAAUCACUGACGACGCUGGUGGUGAAACUGCUCAACAAGAUGCGUCUCCGCACUCAGCUGAACCGCUGGCAGCCAGCACUGGGCCGAUUUCUACAGCGACAUGCAUACAAUUGUGACGAGCUUAGAUCUAUCGGCAACGGACUCAAUAACGGCAGUCCACCGACUCUCUUCUUCUCCCUCGCUCCGCAGCGCCGCUUGCGGGUCCUCCUCUUCUGUCUAGAGACGCAAUUCCAUCUUAAUGUGCCUUUUAAGGAGAAGGUGAAGACUAUAGACUCGCAAACCCUGCGAACUCCACCUCUAGGAGUAGACAUCUUUGGUAACUCCUAUUGGCUCCUCGUGGACACUGAAUGCAAUUUCCUUCUCUAUCGUUCCUCUGCAGAGGACAUGACCCUGGAGCUACUCAGUGAAUCAUUCUCUACGCUGGAGACUGUAAUUGAAGAUCUUAAAGACGAGAAAUACGAAAAGACUCCCAUCUCGGAGCUAUAUUCGGUCUUUCGUAUAGCUGCUAAACAGGAGCCUGAGGGGCUAAGAAACUUUCCAUCGCCUCCAACUCUCCCGGAUAUUGUGGCCCCGAGAGAGGUAAAGCUUGACGAAUCGGACGUUUAUGUGAAGCCGGAGACAGCGGAACUUCCAGACGGUAAACCUGAGGAGACAGAAGAGGAGGAGAAGAAAGCGAAGGUAGAGGACGUGAUUACCAAGAAGUGCGUGGAGACACCUACUGAGCCGGCAGAUGAAAAGCCAAUUUCUGGACUGAUUGCCUGCGAAGAUGCCGUUCCUCAAGCCGAUUUUGAGCAGCAAGAAACUGAACAGCAGAGCAGUGUCAAAGAAGAAGGAUCACAGGAGGCAUUAGGUCUUCGUCGAAGUGGUCGAAAGCGCAAGCAGGUGGAGUUCCUCGCGAUGGAGUCCUUCAACAAAGGCAAAAAAUCGCGAGGUAAGAAGUCCAUCUCCAUUUCAACAUCAAAGAAAUCCAGACGGGCAGAAGGGAAGUUAAAAGAGGAUAAAUCUCGAAAGGAAAAAACAUCCAAAAAGCGGAAAAGACGGCGUCGAGGCAAAAAUCCCCGAAAUGGUCAAAACGGCAGCAGCGGAUGUUUGUGGACCCGUUCCCCAGAAGACUCGGAAACAGACAAUGAAGAGGAUGAGGAAGAAGAUUUGUGGAACGACGUUGGCUCGAAUGGUCCUGAUAACAGCGGAUCUUCUCUUCAAGAUGGAGAAAAACAAUCGCCUCGUGAUUGGUUGGAAGAUCUUGAAAGUGAUUUCGAUUUGGAGGCUGAGGAUGGAGGCGACUCCGGAGUUGUAGCUGGGCGGAAUCUCCAGCGUCAAAAGUCGCAGGUUCUGGACGAGGCGCCGUGUCAGAUUUGCACUGAAUCGAAUCAUCCAGAAUGGCUCCUCCUCUGCGAUUCCUGUGAUCUCGGAUUUCAUGCCCAAUGUCUUCGUCCGGCUCUUCAUCUUAUCCCUGAGGGCGACUGGUUCUGUCCACGUUGUCUACACACUCGUUUAGUGACUGCUCUCGUCGAGCAGUUGUCGACUCUCCAAGCACGCAGUAAGAAGCUGGACAGCGCUGCAAGAAUGCAGGAGCGUUUGAAUUUCGUCAACAUAAGUGUCACGAACAUCCUACGGGAUGAGCGAACGCGUCGCCCAGUUGUAGACAGUGACUCCUCGUCUGUCGAAAGCGAGGAAAGUUCUCAUCAAACUAGACGCAAACGCUCACGUUACUACGAAAGUAGCGGCUCUACUUCGGAUGAUGCCUCAUCCUCUGAUGAGAAUGGUGACGAUGAUGAAGAAGAAGAAGACGAUGAUGAUGACGACGAAGAUAAGGAAGAAGAGGAAGAUGAACUACCUGCUCGUAUAACUCGUCAUCGGAAUGUUCACUACAACGUGAAUGCCGCAUUUCAGCAGUUGGACGAAGUGCUAGUGGAGGAUGAGAAGUAUGCACAGGAGCGUUUGGAACGCAGCAAAGCGAAGAAUCAGCACAGUGAUCACGAGGAGGAAGGUAAGGAUGAAAGUGCGGCGUGUGGAGGACCUCCACUGCCUGGUUCUGUGGUACCGAAGACUGCAAAGAGGAAGCGGCUCUCCUCCUCUUCGGCAUCCUCGGACUCCAAGGGUAGAGAACGCGGCAAGCGUCGGAGGCGUGUCUCACCUGGAAGCGAGGAAUUCCGACCUUCCGAUGAAAGUGAAAAUGACGAAGAUGAAGAUGAGGAAUAUGAGGAGGAGGAGGUGGAGCCAAACUCCUCGACGGUGGAGUCAGUUUCUUCAGAUCAGAGUUGGAACGUUAAUCGUAGACGACGAGGCCGACGUCAUGGAAGACUUACUCGGAGACGCAGUUCAAGGGUUCGCGUUAACUACAGGGAAAUCGAAAGCUCUGAAGAAGAGGAAGAGGAAGGAGCAGGUGGGAAGGAGGCCGCUGUUACGAAGAAUUCUUCAGGAAGACGAGCUAACACCGCUUCUUCUGGAAGUGAAUAUGCUCCAAGUGAGGAGGCAGAAGGUGUUGAGGAGGACGAGGAGGGCGAGGAGGAAAGGGACAUCGAAGGCGUAGAAGCCUCUUCAUUAGCUGUGAAAAUUCCACCAAUCAUGUCCACACAGGAGGAGGACGAAAUUCUACAAAUUUCCAGUCCCGUUGCUACCUCUCGCGAAUUUGGUAAUAAUAAUGAGCCACAAAUCGAAGAGGAUUCCAUGGAUAUGGUGAAGGAUGAUCCCAUCUUUCAAAAUUUUGUAAUUGAUGAACUCGUUUUGCCGAUUCAGCAGGAGACGGAGAAUGCCUCCGACAUGCAACGGCAUAGUCCCACACUUUGA